UUUUACAGAGUUCACUCUGACUACUUCCUUCACUCGAGGCUAUCGCUGCGUGACCUCGUGCCUCCCCCCCCCAUCCCCCUGCAGGACCCUCUCACCUGUGACAAAAGUGACGCAACAUCGGCAGUGAACAGAAAUGCUGGACGAAAAGCCAAGCACCGACUGUGCCCUCUGCCUGCUCCGUUUCGACACGGGGCCUCGCUCUCCGAAAUCCAUGCCCUGUUCCCACGCCCUCUGCCUCUCCUGCAUCCUACAGCUCCUAAAUCCUGGUUUCACGCCGGACGUGGCACUGGAGGAAUGCAUCAUCCCUGGAGGAAGGACUAUAUUUUGUCCCAAAUGCCAGAUGGAAGUUGGGACGGAUGCCUUACAAACGGAUAGGAACAUUCUGGCUCAGCUAGACGCCGCUUCCCCCAGCUUGGAAAACCUCUCCUUGACUGAGCCGACAGAGGUACCUGUAGGCUGGGCAGUACCACCACCUCCGGGAAAUACCAUACCUCCUGGCACUGCAGACGAAACGAUAGCCUUCCAACAGCACUUAGACAGCUUGGAUCGGCAGCAUGAACAGACAGCUGACGCGGCAACGGUAGGGUGGGUCGGCUUGGACAAGAAAGCCAUGGACGUGUCUCAGAAUUCCUCACAACCACGGCCCAUAGAAGCCUGGUCGGGUGCCGGCGCUGCUCUCGCAACUGGAGUCGCCCUUGGGAUGACCGCUACUGCUGCAGGAGGCGUAGUGGAAGGAGGGGGAGAGGUGCACGAGCCUUCUUCCUCCCCACCAGCUGAUUCUGUGCCUCCUGCGUCUGUCUGUGAGCCUCUAGUGAGGAAAGUCGAGGUCGUGGUAGAGGAGAAGCAUCCAGGCUCUCGUCGCUCGUCCACUUCUUCCUCUUCUUCCGAUUCUUCUUCUUCGUCUUCUUCCUCUUCGUCGUCCUCGUCGUCUUCAUCAUCAUCUUCCUCUUCAUCUUCCUCUUCAUCUUCGUCGUCCUCCUCCUCCUCCUCCUCAUCAUCAUCUUCUUCUUCUUCCUCUCAAUGAAAUGCAACUGUAAUAGGAAGACCAUUGUUAUAUCCAUACAGAUUUUCCCCCCUAAAAGUAAACCGUUUUUUUUUUUUUUUUUUUUUUUUUUUUUUUUUUUUUUAAGAAACUGAACUAUACAUGCACUCAUCAUAUUAUUAAAAAAUACCUUUCCAGUUGACUUUGUCCCUAAAACAAUAGCUUUCAUUUCUAGUCACACCCAAGACCAGGAAAGGAUUUGAAAUACUAUACUGUAAAUGUUUAUUAUAUUGAUUAGUAAGCAAGAUAUUAAGUCUUUAUCAUCUCAUGUAUAGAAAGCACUUGAUUUAAUUUCCGAAAAAAAGUGUAAAACAUCCAAAGAAUAGCAGACCUUACAAAAAAUACAAGGAAUACGUAGCUAGUUUUAAACGCCUAAUUUUCCUCAAACUUCAACUUUGUCCUCUGGGUAUCUACGUGGAACACCUUUGAGGACAAAUUAAUCAGGAGCUAAUGACAGGAAAGGGAAUGACAGGCAUAAAGAAAUAAGCAAGUAAGUCAAUGGAGAGAACUGGCAUGACAUGAGAGGCAGGCAUGUCAAGAAGGCAUUUCAGGUUUUAUGUAGGAUAAUAUAUGUAUAGAGAUUGUAUAAACAUGUUAUGUUUAUCUUGAAAGGUUUGAGGCAUUUACAAUAUAAAGUGGAAUUCAA